AUGUCUUCCAAUAAUGACCCUGUUACAAUCCCAAUGAUAGAAAGAAAUCCCAGUGACCUUCCUGGAAUGGACACCAGUGACCCGAACACAUUGACUGGAGAGGCUGUGUUGAGUUUUCAUAACAUCAGCUAUAGAGAAACUGUGCAGAGUGGCUUUCCAUUUCGUAAAAAAACAUGUGUGAUAGAAAGACUGUCAAAAAUCAAUGGCAUCAUGAGACCUGGCCUCAAUGCCAUCAUGGGACCUGAAGAUGGGAGCAGAUCUUGGUUAUUAGAUGUCUUAGCUGCAAGGAAAGAUCCACGUGGAUUAUCAGGAGAUAUUUUGAUAAAUGGGAAACCUCGACCUGCUAAUUUCAAAUGUACUUCUGGUUAUGUACCACAGAAUGACAUGGUGAAGCACACGGUGACUGUGAGAGACAAUAUAGAGUUCUCAGCAGCUCUUCGACUCCCAAUGACUAUAACAAGAGAUGAAAGAAGAAGGCGAAUUAACGAAGUCCUUGAACUUCUGCAUCUGGAUAAAGUGGCAAAUGUCAAGCCUAGAUCUAAGGAGCUCAGGAAAAGGACCAGUAUAGCAAUGGAGCUGGUCGCCGAGCAUCCCAUUCUGUUCUUGGAUGAUCCCACCACUGGCUUAGACUUGAGCACUACAGUAGAUGUCACCUCGGUCCUGAGAAGGAUGUCCAUGAGGGGACGGACAAUCAUCUUCUCCAUUAAUCAGGCUCAGUACUCCAUCUUCAGAUUUUUUGAUAGCCUCACCUUAGUGGCCUCAGGAAAAGUCAUGUUUCACGGCCCUGCACAAGAGGCAUUGAAGUACUUCACAUCCGCAGGUUACAAAUAUGAUUCCCACAACAACCCUGCAGACUUCUUCCUGGACAUCAUUAAUGGAGGUUUCUCGGCUAUAUUAGACACAGAGGAAGAUGGCCAUGAUGCCGACAAAUAUACAGAGCUUUCUGAGAGACAGCACCAAGUCACAGAAAAAUUAGCCAAUAUGUAUGCCCAGUCCUCCUUAUACAGAGAAAUGAGAACUGAACUGGAUCUACUCUUGGGGGAACAGAGGGCAGGGAGGAGCUCAGCCUUGGAGGAGAUCACGUGUGUCACCCCUUUCUGGCAUCAGCUUGGGUGGAUUAUCUGUCGUUCAUUCAAACAUUUAAAGGAUUUUCGAGAGGUCACUAUGAUUCAGGCAAUUAUCAUAUUCAUACUGGCCGUGCUUAUGGGCAUCGCUUUCCAUUUCCUACAAAAUGAUUGUACUGAAGUCAAGACCAGAGCCAACCUGCUCUUCUUGCUCACAGUAUUCGAGUGUAUCAUAAGUGUGUCUACUGGGGAGCUCUUCAUAAUUGACAGGACUCGCUUUCUACAUGAGCAUACCAGUGGAUACUACAGAGUGUCACCAUAUUUUCUUGGGAAAUUGCUGGCUGAGCUGGUACCCAGGAGGUUAUUGCCAAGUACUAUAUUUACUGUUAUAGUAUUCAGCAUAGCAGGAGUGAAAACAGAUGCGAAGGGUUUCUUCACUAUGUUAUUUACCAUCAUGAUGUUGGCUUAUUCUGCCACUUCCCUAUCACUGUCUACAGGGGCAGGGGAGAAUACAGUAGCUAUACCAACAGCAUCUGUUGGCAUCUACUUUAUGUUCAUGCUGUUUUUCUCAGGUAUGUCACUAUAUUCAGGAAUCUCACUACCUGAACUUUCGUGGAUUCAGUACUUCAACAUUCCUCAUUAUGGAUUUACAGCUUUGCUGCACAAUGAAUUCCUGGGACAAAACUUCUGUACAGAACAUAAUACAGCAGAAGUCAGAAGAUGUCAGAACUAUGUAAUAUGUACUGGUGAAGAAUUCUUGACGAUCCAGGGCAUCGAUCUCUCAUCAUGGGGCUUCUGGAAGAAUCACGUGGCCUUAUCUUGUAUAAUGAUUAUCUUUUUAUCAAUUACCUAUGUGAAGCUAUUAGCUCUUAAGAAAAAGAGACAUUUUUAAGUCACUCUUCCACUUUCUUUGAAUUAAUCUGACAUUUAAAAAAAUCAAAACUC